UUCUCCCAUUUUUUCCCCAUUUUCUCCCAUUUUUUCCCCAUUUUCCCCAUUUUUCCCGUUUUUCCCAAUUUUCCCGUUUUUUCCCCCAUUCCAGCUCCCCGUGGACGACCCCAUCAUCUCCCAGGACGAGGUCAUUUUCCCUCUCACCGUGGCCCUGGACCGGCUCCCGCCCGGCACCGCCAAGGCCAAGAUCGUGGUGACCGUGUGGCAGCGGGACACGGAGCCGCCGGAGCUGCAGGAGGGGACAGGGACAGGGCCAGGCCAGGGGACAGGGACAGGGACAGGGACGGUGACAGGGACAGGGACAGGGACAGGGCCAGGGGGGUACCUGAGGCUGCUCCAGGGCCGCGCCCCCGGCCAGGUGUUCCGCCAGCAGCACGGGGCCUUCAAGGCACAAGUGUCCACGCUGCUGACGGUGCUGCCACCCCCCCGCGUGCGCUGCCGCCAGGUGACCGUGUCCGGCAAGUACCUGACCGUGCUCAAAGAACUUUGGGGACAACGUGGGGACACCGUGGGGACCUUGGGGAUGUGACCCGUCCCCUGAGCGUCCCCGCUGUCCCCUGAGUGUCCCCGCUGUCCCCUGAGCGUCCCCGCUGUCCCCCGCAGCCACCACUCCGGGGAGGUCCCCGUGGGGGCGUUCUGCCGCGUCCCCGGGUGCCACUCGGGGUGGCCGUGUCCCCUGAGCGCCCUGGAGGAGCAGAACUUCCUGUUCCAGCUGCAGGCGCCCGAGCGGCCGCCCUGCGACACCAAGGAGGGCCUGGAGGUGCCGCUGGUGGCCGUGGUCCGGUGGUCGACACCGAAGCUGCCGUUCACCAACAGCAUCGUCACCCACUACCGGCUGCCGAGCAUCCGGCUGGAGCGGCCGCGCUUCGUCAUGACGGCCACCUGCGAGUCCCCCGUGGUGGCCCUGCAGCGCUUCACUGUCACCUACACCCUGCUCAACGACCUGCAGGACUUCCUGGCCGUCAGGCUGGUCUGGACGCCCGAGGCCACCGCUGGGAAGUCGCGGGGCUCGCUGGACUCCGUGGUGUGCCACACGCCGCUUAGAAGUGGGGAUGGGGACAAGGGGACAAGGAGAGGACCCCAACUGGCAAUGCUCCCAGUAACUCCCAGUGUGCCGCAGCUGUCGCAGCACAUGAAGCUGAAGCUGCAGUUCACGGCCAGCGUGAGCAGCGCCCCGGCCGAGGCGCGCCCCGUGUCCCGCCGCAGCAGCCCCAGCUCCCCGGCCGUGCGCGAGCUCGUGGCCGGCCUGGGCCGCUCCCAGUCCUUCUCCCACCAGCAGCCCGCCCGCAGCCACCUCAUGAGGUCUGGCAGUGUGAUGGAGCGCAGGGCCAUCACGCCCCCCGUGGGGUCCCCCGUGGGCCGCCCCCUGUACCUGGGGUGA